GCCCCGCGGCGGCGCGCGGCGCUCCCGCCUCCGGCCCCUCCACUGCGGCGGACACGGCACGGGCGGCACCGGCGGGAAGGUCCGGGCCGAUGGUGGGAGGCAGCCCCCGGCGGAGCCCGGCCGCACGCCAUGCCCUGGAGCGUCCGCUGGGUCGGCGGCUGCGGCGCCCAGUCCCAGAAGCAGUGCAAGAAAUCCUCCUUCGCCUUCUACCAGGCGGUGAGGGACCUGCUGCCCGUCUGGUUCCUGGAGGACAUGCGGACCAUGGAGGCCUUCCACUGGGAGGACGGGGGCAAGGUGAGCGUGUACUCGCCCUCGGAGGCGCUGCUCUACGCGCUGGUGCACGACCACCAGCCCUACGCCCGGCACCUGCUCACUAAGUUCCCCCAGAGCGCCCUGGCCGUGCCCAGCCAAAGCUUCAGCUGCUGCCAGUCAGCCCCGCACCUGGCCAUGGCCGUCCGCUACAACCGCGUCCGGGUGCUCUUCCGAAUCCUCAAGGCCCUCCAAGCCUUGCCCCCGAGUGACAGAGCCGCCCACCUGGACCGCCAGGGCUGCAGCCGCGUGGAGGGCGGCAAGACAGCCUUGCACAUGGCCUGCGAACUGGUGCGGCCCGAGUGUCUGCUCCUGCUGCUGGGGCACGGCGCGGCGCCCUGCCUGCAGGACAGUGCUGGGAACACCCCCCUCGACACCCUGCUGCAGCAGAUCUCCCACAUGCCGGCAGCUAACAUGCGUGCCAAGCUCCUCUGCCUCGACUGCCUCUUCUUCUUCGUGCCUCAGGACCUCAAGUUUGCAAUGAAACAGCAACUGUUGGACAACCGGCAGCAGUGGCAGGACCUCCUGGGAGAGAACAGGUUCCAGUGCCUGGUGGGCUUAGCUCCCCCAUCACUGUUUGUCAGAGCCAUGCGUGUCUUGAUCAGGACCAUUUCACCUGAGCACUUCCCAGAGGCUCUGGAUAAUCUGCCUCUGCCUCAUUUUCUAAAGCCUUUGGACUUGAAACUGGAGAGCUAGAGGGGUGGUAUGAGAGCCUAUUGUGGUAUGAGAGCCUCCUGCUCACCUGACAGAAAUAGACUUGUGCUAAAAAUGUAUCAUUAUACAAAGCUGCUAAUGCAGUGGCCAAGUAUCUGUUUUACUGAGAACAGUAUUUUUUAAAAGAACUGUAUCUGGCACUUUACAAUAUAUUUUAUUUAAAGAUCCUUGUGAGGUGAGGGCCAUGCUGCAUUUUAUAAAGAUGUUCUAUGGCAUGUACAAAUGAGGGUAUGGGGAAGAACAUAUUUGUAAAUACAUCUGAAUAAAUCA